ACAAUUCGAAACUAUCAAAGCAGGCAUGUUAAGCAUUUUACAAUCAUGGCGACCUUGUUGAAAAUUACUCGCUCCGUGCAUUUUUAUCGUAAAUUCCACUGUAAAAUUGAGGAUACCUACCCACUGGAUGCGUCCAUCCGAAACAAACCCAAAGUAAGCAAACCGGCCGACUACGAAAUGAUGCCCGGAAUGUCGCCGAAAGUAUUCCGUGAGACGGAAUACGAUAAUCAACUAGGACCAAUUCCGGUAUUGGGGAACGAGGCGAAGAACUUUACCUACAAGAAUCCGGAAUAUUUCUCGUACCACAAUUAUUCGUUUUACGACAUCGGCCGUGCGAUAGGGUGUGCCUAUCGGGAACAACCGAGUGCACUACCGAAACGCAGCAAACGGUUCCGGGCGCCUUGGCAGCAUGAGGAACACAUUCAGUACGAUGCAGCAAUUCCGGUGACGCUAAGUUGCUUGCACUGUGAGGUGGAGAAAGAAUUGGACGAAAGGGUGGUACAAAGUACGGAACAAAAUUCAAAAUGUUGAACAACAUGCAAACGAAAAAGUUCACACAACGAUCAGCAACCAAGAGGUGGACAGCUGGUAGGAUAAAGAUACGAGAGAAGCUAAUUACCUAUUUUGAACAAGGUUGGCAGCGGUCAGCAAUGGAAUUGGCGCACUUGUUGGUCUAUUGUCUAUUUCCAUCCAAAUUAGACGUGUGACACCAUUUUUAUCUUCAACACGACAAGGUUGUGGGAAUAGUUGACCACAACUGGUAACAAGACCCAAGCUUUGUCCUCGUACUCUUGAACCCCACGAACAAGAUCAUAUGGAAUAUGUUUCUUACUCUAAAAAUUUGCAUGUUACUUUUCUAGCUGGAAACGGCCAUUUUUCGGCACCAAGAUAAAUAUCAUUUGUGGUGCUAAAACUCGUACCACCCCUGCUUAAGCGACGUUACUAGCAAUUAGCCACUCUGUUUAUUGAGGUUGGAGGGCGAAAAAACGGAAAAAAACAAAUGUUGAAUAGGGAAUUUUUGGUUUUUCUUUAUGGAAACAAAACGUCCGAUUCAUAACGUCUCGUGUACGAGUGCCAAGAUACAAUUGAGCCAUGACUCAAUUGUCAUACUUUAUGGAUCUGGAAAGACAAUUCGGCAGAUAGCUUGUGUUAGUGUUGCAACCAUACAUAUUUUUUAAACAAAAAUUGUAUAAUUUAUUUUCGCCUCAAUUUGCGCUUAAUAUUUUAUUUAAUAAACACUUAGCAUAAUGCAUUAAA